GAGAGAGAGAGAGAGAGAUGAUCGAGACGCCGAGAGAGAGAGAGGCGGAUCGAGACGCCGAGAGAGAGAGAGUCACUGAGAAGCUGUACACAAUCAGAGAAGAGAAAAUUCAUCAACAUGCACAAUCAGUUUACACAGAGCGACAGAGAGAAGAGACAUACGAGAGAGGCAGAUCGGAUCGAGAGUCGCGACUCGCGAGAAAGAGAGAGAGAUGAUCGAGACGCCGAGAGAGAGAGAGGCGGAUCGAGACGCCGAGAGAGAGAGAGAGUCGAGGAUUAAGACGCCAAGGGGAGAGAGAACGGAGAGUCGCCGUGAGUCGACUUCAUCGAGAGAGAACGGGAAUCAGAGAUGAGAAUCGCAGAGACGAGAGCCGAAAAAUAGAGUGAUUUCCAUUGGAAACCCAUUGGGCCCCCAUGUCCAUUUGGUUUAAGCCCAUUGGAUUUGGAGUUUAUUUGGUUUCGACCAACUGGACAGCUUUAUUUAUUGGUCUAAUUUGGUUAGUCCAAAUGGGCUUGGACAUCGGUAACCAAUGGACAGUGUGUCCAAUUGACAUUUCUAGGCCAAAGGAGGAGCUUCAGAUUGGAAAUUCUGAUGAGCUAAGCAACUUACCUGAAUCUGAAUCUGAAACAGAAACUCGGGAUGAGAAGAUCUCUGAGGCUACUGCCUCCACGCCUCCACCACCUCUGUCAAGGUCAAGCGUGCACGACCAAUCCAUCCGCAUGGCUGAUUUUGGCUUUGGAAAAGAAGAAUCACAUUAAGAUGAGGAACACGAAGAAGACACCAACGCUUAAGGCAUUCGAGAGCAAAUCCAGCACCUAAGGCUUCCGUUUAUCCUAUAAUCACCAGAACUACCGUCGCUUUCUAAUUUCCUAGUGCUUUGUAAACUUACAACCAGAAAUAAAUGUACGAGUUGGAUUCUCAGGGUCUUGUGUUAGUUAUCCGAAAUGUUCUCGUCUGGACUUAUGUGAAGGUGAUCUCUAAACUGUUAGAAUAAUAUCCCAAAAAAAAUUCAUCUCUAUUAUA